UUACAUAUAUGGUGAGGGCUUAGAGGCAUAAAUCGAUAUGGUUCCAGGAGGUUCCUGAACAUAAACAUUCAAGAUGGCGGGUUCAGCCGGAAGCUUAGGCUCUGGUUUACUAAAUAUACAGAGUGCUUCUCGACAGAAAUCAAGGGAAAUGAAAGAUUCUAGUGACAGUGAUGACGAUGAACUGUUUGACGGCGAGAAGCUGAAGACAAAAUUAAUGUCUAUGUGGAACAACAUGAGACAUGGAUUUGUUGUGCCUUUCAAAGCACACUUUAAUGAAGAUUCACCAAUAUGGCUUUUAGGAAGAUGUUAUCAUGCUAGAAAUCAUGAAUUUAGUGGAGUACACUCAACAGAAAAGUGUAAAGUUUUAAGCAUGGAUGAAUUUCAAAGAGACUUUCACUCAUUAAUCUGGCUGACCUAUCGACGAGAAAUUCCGCAACUCGGUGACUCAACGUUAACCACUGAUUGUGGCUGGGGAUGCAUGUUACGAAGUGGACAAAUGAUGAUUGCAACUGGUUUGGUCUAUCAUUUCCUAAAGAGAGAGUUUAGGACAACAGGAAGAUGCAUCAGCAGAGAACAAGAACAUUUUUACAAAACAAUUCUUCGAUUUUUUGGAGAUUUAGAAGAUGAAGAAAGAUGCCCGUUUUCACUGCAUCGCCUUGUCUCAAUUGGCGCACACACUGGAAAGCAGGCAGGGGACUGGUACGGACCUGCUUCAGUUGCUCAUAUUCUCAGGUACGAGUUAAAAGGUAAACAGCAUUGUCUCAUGUGAACCUUUCAUCUUAUUACAGUUUAUACAGAUGAAGUAGAAAAGCUUUGUACAAGUUGUAGAACACACACUUGGAAUUGUUCCGGUGGCAAGUGGCAAUCUGUUAUUAUUUUAGUUCCUGUUCGGCUUGGUGGUGAAGCACUAAAUCCCAUUUAUAUACCUUGUGUUAAGUCUCUUUUUACUUUAGAUCAUUGUAUUGGAAUCAUAGGUGGACGACCUAAACACUCUCUUUAUUUUGUUGGUUUCCAAGAUGACAAAAUGGUUUGUUUAGACCCUCACUACUGUCAAGCGGCUGUAGACAUGUCCAAGGAUGACUUUCCAACGCAGUCUUUUCACAGUGUUCAGCCACGCACAAUGUCGUUUAAAAAAAUGGAUCCCUCGUGUACGAUAGGUUUUUAUUGUGAUACCAAAGCUGACUUUGAGAGAUUUCGACAACAGACCACAGAGGUUUUACGGCCUCCGAUGCAGCGCGGUGAUUAUCCUAUGUUCAUCUUCGCGUCUCAUCGGAAACCGAUGGCUUCCGAAGAUUUGGUUCGCAGCGCGGACCUAUCCGAGAGCCUUAUGGAAAGUGAUAGACCAGAGAGAUCAAACAACGGUGUCCCAACUCCGUCGACGCUAAGCAGCAGUCCUCCAACUGAAGAGUAUGUCGUUCUUUGACAAUUUCUAGAAUUCAAUACAAUCUGUGUAAAUCUGCCAAUCUUGACCAUAGUCACCCCACCCCCCCUCCCUUCCCACCUUCUGACCUCCUUACCCCUGACUACUAGCUCGCUGUCCAAGAAAUGAACUUAAUCACAGUUUUUCAAAGGAAGGAAAUUACUUUUUAGCACGAUAUCUCCAUUUCUUAGCACAAGUGGGCUGCCGUUAGUGACAAAUUAACCUGUUUAAGAAAUUUCAAAGACUUAACCCUUCCACACUUGGAGGUGUUCAACAAUUAAAUUCUCCUCAUAAUUUCGAUAUAUUUUCUAGCAGGAGGGUGAUGAGAAUAUAGAAAAAUAUCUUUCGAGGAAUAUUUUCUGACGUUACAUUCUCAGAACUAAAAUUAUAUGAAAUGUAUGGCAGAUAGUUUUGAGAAUUUAUAUCUGGAACUUGAGAGCGAAAGGUCAUAGGCAUGUUUUGCAUUACCAAGGGCUCCCGUAGUACAAUUUAACCGAACAAUUCCAAUGUUGUAUUCACACAAGACACUUUUACUAUGGCAAGUGUACUAGCCAAGAAAAAACUGUUUCCUGUGUAUACCGGCUAGCGUUUAAGACUUAUUAAGAACCUUUGUUAAGGAAAACGUUUUGGAAUACAACUCCCUUCAAUUCUUAAGCUUUAACUCCAAAGAUCUGAUUGUUAAUUCUCCCCUCUAGCUGUUACACAUUUCCUUGUAAAUUAGUUAUGAGAACUUGGUGCUAGAUCAAAGUAGCAGCUUCUACCCGAUAA